GGGUGUUCCUUGCGAUGUGUAACAGCGCGCCUCGAUUUCCGUUUCGAUAGGACGUUGUGAAAUUUGCGUUCCUAAUGACAGAGUUUGAAGCCGAUGUGAUACGAGCUACAGCUAGUCCUAGUAACACGGUCGUCUCAAAGAUGCCUGCCUGUGAAAUCCAAUACAGUCCGCAGCUGUGCCAAGAAAUUCUGCUAGUGAAUGAAGUAAGAACAAUGAAUAUUCAGCAACCUGUACCCAGUUGUAUUUUGCUACAAAUCAGCGAUGAGCUUGAUGCAGCCGAGUCGGAGGCUAUACUUUUUUUAUGUCGAGAUAACAGCUCAAAAACAAAUGUUCGAGAUCUGUUGGAAGACAUUAAUGACUAUAGUUCGCCAAUCCCUUUUGGCUUAGCUGAGGUUCUGUAUGUAAUUAAACGAUUUGAUCUACUAAAAAAGUACCUACAUACAUCAAAAGCAACUGUUGAAAACCUGCUAAAAUCACGUUCAAGUAUACCUUUCAGUUAUAGGAGUCUUAUGGUAGGAAUAAGUGAACAACUAGAAGAAUCGGAUCUGGAGUCCCUUAUAUUUUUAUUGAAGGAUCACAUGAGGAGUGGAGGAAAGCUAAAGAACAAGACGUUCCUGACUCUCGUAACAGAACUAGAGAAGAUGAACUUGAUUCAUCCAGGGAAGUUGGAUUUGUUAGAACAGUCUUUCCAAAACAUACGUAGGAUUGACCUGAAAAAUAAAAUAAUAAAAUUCAAACAGCAACAGACAGCACCUCCUCCUCGCUACACCAAUGCAUUUGGAGUGCCCCGAUCUAAUCAGAGAGUGCUUCAUGUUCCUGUGAGACCAGGAAAGGCAAUUCAUUUCCACAAAGAUUCAUUACCAGUUCAAGAAACAGGAGGAUUUGACCAGCAGACAGAAGCCGAGCGAUAUGUGGUUAGAAAAGAAACCAUGGGAUUCUGCCUUAUUAUUGACUGUGUUGGAAAUGAUGCAAGUUUACUAGAGAACACAUUCAAAAGUCUGCGUUUCACAGUCAGAACUGAUAGGUAUUGCAACGUGGAACACCUUGAAAGCAUUUUAAAGGAUGUGGCAAAUAUGGAGCAGCACAAAAACCAUGACAUAUUUGUUUGCAUCAUCAUCAGCCGCGGGACUUCCAAUUCCAUUUUCUGCAUAGACUCCUGUUCUCUGGGAUUCUCACUUGAUAGAAUUAAACACAUUUUUACUGGGAAGUCAUGUCCGGAUUUGUUGGGAAAGCCAAAGCUUUUCUUUGUUCAGAACUAUAUUGCUCAAGAGGAUGAAGAUUUGGAUAAAAUGAUAGAAGCAGAUGGGCCUAUGUCAGCCUGUGCUCACUCGCCUAAAAUCCCAGUUGAAGCAGACAUAUUUUGGAGCCAUUGUAAGGUUGCAGAAAGGUAUCUGCAUCAAUCACCAAGCUUGCCCUCUUUGUAUUUUACAUAUUUGUCACAAUUACUAAAUGAUGUGGAAAAAAGGAAGCAAAUGCAUUUGCUGGAUAUCCACACUGAACUUAACAGAAUUAUCUGCCAUAGGCAAGAAGGAUGUAACAUCUACCAGCAACAUACACUCACAAAAAAGCUGUUUUUUUAUCCAUGUUAGGAUUUAGAUGAAACUCUGUACCUAUUGUCACAUCUUAUUUUUUUUCUUUUUGUCAUUGAUUGGUGGUGAAUAUGUAGGCUGUCUUGCCAAUGAAAUGAGACAAACUGUACAGAUAACCAUGCCUAAAGCCUCAAUAAUACUAAUUACACAGGACUUUAUGGGAAAGGAGGAAGUGUCUGGCGAGAACUUGAUGUGGUUGGGGCUGAAAAGGGACGUGUCUAAUUUGUCCCUUAUUCAAUAAUAUAGUUGUUGGGAAGUAUGCAUACAUCCAGCUAAUUUUCCAUAAAAAACACAAAUUCAAGAUUGACCCAAAUGAUCCCAUUAUAAUUCAGAAAUGACUAAAAUGAAAGUUAUUUAAUUUAUAUUACACAUGAAACUCUGCACCUUUGUGUAUACUUUAUGAAGGAGACUACAGAGCUAGUUCUAUGAACAUAUUUUUUUUACGUUUAUAUAAAGAUAUUUAUUUUAUUUAUUCCAUGUAUUUAACAAGUUUACUCAAGUGCAUGAGACGGUGACUAAGUGCUCUUGCAUUUCUGCCCCUUACUGCUCUUGCGUCCCCCAGAGUUUGUAUGUAGCCAUACCAAGAUUGUAGAAAUGACGUGGGUCCACCCAAAUGGAGCAAAGGAGCAGCAUCUAAUUGCUUCUGGAACAUGGAUAUUUAUGCGUAACAUUGUAUUUGAAUUCUAGGUAGGCUUUGAAAGUACUGUAAAAUAAGCUGAAAAAGGAAUACAUUAGAAUGUAAAUUUCCAAAAAUGUUAGUUUCCAAAAGGAUUGUCUUAAGAUGGCCAUAAACAUAACCAUUACGACCUUACCUGAAAAAGAACUUUCCAAGACAGAUUGUUUGUUUUAACACACACAUGUAGAGCUGAAUUGUCAGAUAUACAGGCAGUAACAGUAGAAUUCUACCUGUAUCUGAUGAUUCAGCAAUAGCUGGCUGACGUUCAGGUGCCUUCAAAGGCACCCAAUCAAAAUUUUUCUGGCCAGCCUGAUUGACGAUAUCCAGGUCUUCUCCCGAUAUCAGUUGGCUCGUUUCCCAUCAUAGAUGUACCGAGUAUCGUACAAAAAUUAGUUUUGUAAGAUAUUAUCGGUGCAUUUAUGGCCACCUUUAUGUUGCUGAAAAUUUUCUGAAAUUCUUAGCUAAUUUAUGUGUAUUCUGAAUUAUUCUGCUUUUGCCAGUUGUCACUAUACAGUACUUCCGGAUAUUAUAUCAACAACAACAAUCCCGGUCACUCUGUGUGUAUAAUUUAUACUGCAUAUAUUAUUUGCUAUUAUUAAUACAUAUUUAUAAAGUGCUCAUGAGCUGAAGCACCGGAUAAUAAAUCAUUGUGUGUGUAUGUUUAUCAUUUAGGUUCUAUUUGUUUGUGAGUUUGGGGAAGAUGAAGAAAUACACUAAUAGGAAUAUAGUUGUAAUGCUGGUGACUGUGGUGCUGACAAUAUUCAUUCAUUAAUUAAACAGGUUAAAUGUCCUGGUGGUUGUAUUUCAGAUGUAUACUGUUUCUGAAUGCAGUCCCUGGCUUACUCUGAAGAAUUGUACAGUUUUAAAUGGAUAAUACUAAUUACAGAUACUAGACAUUUAUUCUAAAAGAUUCUAAACUGCCAGGUUUCCCAAAUUUCCUGAAUGUUUGACACCAAGCUGUUUUUUUUAAUUUAAUAGCCCCCUGCUACUUCUUUCCAGCUUUCAUAUGGGAGUCAGUGAUCCUGGCAGCCAUACAUCUAUUGUUUUGAGAGGAUACAAUUGUAUUGAUAUAACCUUUUAUUAUUUAAAGGAAAACUAUACCCCCAAACAAUGUAGGUCUCUAUUAAAAGAUACUGAGUAAAACAGCUCAUGUGUAAAAUCCUGCUUCAUGUAAAUAAACCAUUUUCAUAAUAAUA